UCUUCAUUCUCAUGUGGUUUUUCAAGCUCACUCCUUUCGCCCACUUUCUUUACCUACUUGCUUGAAACCCAAGUAAUCUCCGGUCAACAAAAGGAACAGCUUUUCCUUUUCUUUUCUUGUUGGUGAAGAUCAGUUGAGGAAACAUGAGCUGCAAUGGUUGCCGAGUGCUCCGAAAAAGGUGCAAGGAUACAUGUGUGUUACGGUCAAGCUUAUGUUGGAUAGAGUCCCCCGAAGCCCAAGGCAACGCCACCUUAUUUCUCGCCAAGUUCUUCGGCCGCAGUGACCUCCUUUCUCUUAUCUCUUCCGUCCCUGAAUCCCAACGCCCUGCUUUGUUUCAGUCUUUAUUGUUCGAGGCGUGUGGUCGUACCGUGAAUCCGGUGAACGGAGCUGUAGGGCUGUUAUGCAGUGGGGACUGGCAUAUCUGCCAGGCGGCGGUGGAUACGGUUUUUCAAGGCGGAGCGUUACGGCCAAUUCCGGAGAUCAUAGCCGGAGUUUGGACGCCGAGUUGCAAUAAGUCAUCUGAUCGUUUUAGUGGCAACAGCUCGUACCACUUCCAGAACCACUACGCUGAGUCGAAGCCUUUGAUGAGGAUGAUGAUGGACAAUCAAACGGCUUCAACCGUGUCGGAUCUAAGCCUCUCUUUGAUGACAAAGUUCGGUGGAGGAAGACGUGGCGGAAGGCGCUACAAGGAAGAAAAGAAGAGAGCAAAAGCGAUGCCGCUUUAUUCGGAGGAAUCGGAGAUAACUAUUUCCGAGAGCAACGAAAAUGAAGGAAGCCAGAAGAGAAAGAUUUUGAAACUCUUCGUCUGAGAACACUUUUGAGUUAUAAAGCGAAGGAAAACGGUCUUUUUUUUUAUAAGUG